AGUCAGGGUACCCCGCCGCAGGGCGGAGGGCACCUGGGCUCCGCCCCCCCCCCGCCGGGCCGCCCCGCGGCGCUCUCGGCGCGACCGGGGCGGCGCGCACGAAGGGGGUCCGCCUCUGACCUCCGCGCGGUGCAGGGCCCCGGCAUGAUCCCCAAGCUUCGGAGGACCAGUACCAACGAGAGCCUGCUCUCGGGGCUCUCCGUUUUCUCCAAGGUAGGCCAGGGCAAGGAGGUGCUCGACACCACCGAGGCCGACCCGGCCAGCGAGGAGGCCGGGACGUGGCACUAUCUGAUCGUCGAUACGAGCGGCACCAGGCUAAGACGCACUCCGGCCUACUCUUCCACCGCGAAGCGGUCCAUGGGCCGCCUCAACGAGGGCACGCUGGUGACGGUGAGCCACAGGAGAACAGCCGGCAUGACCCGGUGGCUACUCGCAGUCGAAGCCAGCGGCAAUCAGUCGUGCAACGGUUGGUUCUUCGACAAUUGCCCGAAGAACAACAAGGUUCGAGCCAUCGAGGUUGAGGUCUCACAGGUCCCGCACGGCGACACCUGGGCGUACAGGAGCCUCCUGAAGGUGCCGCUGCUGCCGAAGCCCUCCCUGUUCCUCGCGGGGCAGGACCGCUUCGGGGACGGCGCCGUGGAGCUCGAGGAGAUCAUCAGCGUCAAGACGCGUGUGCGCCCCCUCAUGGGCAAGGGCUGCCUGCUCGAGCUAACCAACGGCCGCGGCUGGGUGAUAGACUUUCACAAAGGCCAGAUGCGCUUCGAGCGCCUGGAGCACGUGCGGGCCUUCCCGUGCGCCGAGGAGGACGAGAGGAGCACGGCCGUGGAGGCGUUCGACGACACGCCCCACAGCGGCGCGAGCACGCCCGCCCACGGCCUGGAGAGGAGCAACACGAUGCAGAGCAGCUGCAGCACUUGGGCGCCGACCUCGUCCAGCGCGACCCCGAUGCUCUCGCUGGCGCCGGCAGAGUUCGGCGAGUGGGAGUACGUGGUGAUGGACCCCAAGGGCAUCACCCUGCGCGGCACGCCCUCGAUCUCGCAGUCGUCCAAGCUGAAGGUCAGGGUCAGCGAGGGUGAGCUGGUGAAGGUGGUGGAGCGCCGGCCGGCGACCAACGCGACAUUCCUGCGCCUGGAGAAGCCUGCGGGCUGGUCCGUCGACAGCCGGGACAGGCGAGUGCGGCUGAAGCAGGUCGUGACCGAGAGCGGGCACUGGUUCUACCGCGUCUCCACACCGAACGGAAUCGCGCUGCGGUCCGGCUGCUGCUUCUCCGAUGGCAGCAAGAUCGGCGCGGGCCCGCGGGAGGGGGCGCUCCUGGUGGCCGAGCAGCGCGUGCAGGUUGACGACACAGCUUUCCUGAAGCUCAAGGACAGCGCGGGCUGGGUGUUCGACCAGAAGAGCAACAGGAGGGUGCUGGAGGGCCCGCUGAGCCUGCAGGACAUGCACGGCAGGGCGGCCAUCGUCACGGCGCCCGGAGGCGCGUUCUUGCUGCAGCAGCCCACCAAGAAGAGCUGGGCGCAGACGAGGAGGCUGCUGCUGCAGGACGCCCGCGUGCGGGUGGGCCUCGUCGGCCAGCUGGAGCC